AUGAACGGCCACGACGAGUACGGCCAUGAUGGCGGUGAAGAACACGACGGAUACGACUACCAAGAAGGGCAAGGCGAAGACGACGGCCAGGGCAUGGCUGGCCACCUGGGAAUGGGCCUCGAAGGGCAAGAAGGACAGGACCCCGACGUGGCACACCUGACGCACCUGGUGGUCAAACUGAUCAUGGAGCCGCAACCGGGCCCGUCGCACGUCCCCAAGCCGCAGCACGCACACUCGAGAUUCGCGCAGGACCCUCAUCACGCUGAAGCGAUGAUGCUGCUAGACAAGAUUGCUUCCGAACCGAUCCACGAGGCCCACCUAGAAAGCAUGAUCCACGUUGGGCUUUUGCUGCUCGCUCGGCUGGCGAAGAAAGUCGGCAUGACGGCCGGCCAUGACGCUCAAAGUAUGGGCAUGGGCAUGGGCAUGGGUAUGGGUGCGGGCGCGGGCGCGGGCGCGGGCAUGGGCGCCGACCCAAGCCAGAUGGGCCAUGGCGGCAUGGGAGCCCACGGUGGGGAGGAAGGCGAAGGCGAAGGGGAGGAAGGUGAAGGAGAAGAAGGCUGCUAG